AUGAAAUUUCACAACGGCGCCGUCCGCACAUCAUCUUCGUCUUCGUCGACGCGAUGGAAAACUAGACAGGGAAGAGAUUCCUUCUCGAGAGAUGCAAAGGUCCAGGGUUUGAAGAGUAGAGCUGCUUUUAAACUUCUUGAAGUAGCAGUCGAGCGCACCAAACCCGGCGGACGAAUCCUGGGCAUCGAUAUCAUACCCGCACAACCCCCCAAAGGCGUCUCCACCAUCCAAGGCAACUUCCUCUCAACCGGCGUCCAAGAAUCCGUCAAACAAUUCCUAUCCGACCCUGAUCGCGGCCGACCGCGCAAAUCCCUCUUCGCAGACGACGCGGAGGAUAUCGAGCCGGAACCCAGCUAUCUAGAAUUAGAACGACAUAUGGAUGAUAAUAACGCGACGGCAGGGGAUCACGUAGGGAAGAAACGGGGACGAGCUCCAGAGGAGCAGGAUGAGGGAAAGAUAGUCGAUGUGGUGCUAAGUGAUAUGUGCGAACCCUGGAAGCAGACGGCGGGUUUUUGGAAGAGAAGUCUGAGUGACCCUUAUUUCAGGAUGAUGAAUACGACCGGUAUCAAGUUCUCGGAUCAUGCGGGUAGUAUGGAUCUUUGCGCGGCGGCUCUACGAUUUGCUUUUGACACGCUGAAGCCUGGAGGACAUUUCGUUUGUAAAUUUUAUCAAGGGUCCGAGGAUAAACAGUUGGAGUUACAGCUCAAGAAGUUGUUUAGCGCGGUGCAUAGAGAGAAGCCCGAGUCAUCUAGAAGUGAAUCCAAGGAGGCAUUUUUCGUAGCUCUUAGGCGGAAGACGGAGGUUGAUGGCGUAGCUUUAGGCUAUGUUGAUGAUGUAAGAGUAUGA